CUCAGGCAGAAGGCAAAUAGUACCUCUAAACGGAGAUACUGUAUGUUUAGCUGCUAAUCUGCAGGCAAUCCCAGGCUGUUAUUUGAGACGUAUUACUGUGCUCUGACCCAGCAGCUCCCUUUGCUCUGACAGGGACCUGCUCAUAAAGGUUGGAUGACGUCAGAAGCGGGUCUAGUCAUUAACAGCAUCGCCUGCCAGCGCCGCUGCUGUUGCUCUUGUGCGUCUCGGGAGGACUUGAUAUCCGUCUGUUUGCUAUUGUCUUACUCUUUUCGGGACUAACAUCAUGGGGAGAUUAGAUGCGCUCCGACAGUUUAACUUCAUCCAGUGGCUCAGAGAUGAGAGACAGUCGAGGAAACUGAUUCUGUUCAUUGUUUUCGUCGCUCUGCUCCUGGAUAACAUGCUGCUGACUGUAGUCGUUCCCAUCAUUCCCAGCUAUCUGUACAAACUGGAUGAGUCAGCAGAUAUGGUCUUGAAGAACAACACCCUGCCAGAGCAUUCUCCUCCAGAAGCCUUCCACAGCAUUGUGUCUUUAUAUGAUAACACUGUGAGGUCAUCAGGCUCCAACACUACAGCCAGGUCUACUGGUCUGGUCCCUACUCUUCCCACCACUACAGAGCUGCCACAGAACUCCUCUGACUGCCCCGAGUCCACAAGCAAGCUGCUCAAUGAGAAUGUCAAAGUGGGAAUGCUGUUCGCCUCCAAGGCCACUGUGCAGCUUAUUACCAACCCCUUUAUAGGGCUGCUCACAAAUAGAAUAGGAUACCAACUUCCAAUAUUCGCUGGAUUCUGUAUCAUGUUCGUCUCUACUAUCAUGUUCGCCUUUUCAUCGAGCUACGCUCUGCUGUUUCUGGCUAGAUCAUUUCAAGGUGUGGGCUCCUCCUGUUCAUCUGUGGCUGGGAUGGGAAUGCUUGCUAGUGUGUACACUGAUGAUGAAGAGAGGGGUCGUGCCAUUGGGAUAGCCUUGGGAGGCCUGGCGCUGGGAGUGUUAGUUGGGCCCCCAUUUGGCAGCGUGAUGUACGAGUUUGUUGGGAAGACCGCCCCUUUCCUUGUUCUGGCCUUCCUGGCUGUGUUUGAUGGAGCCCUGCAGAUGUUUGUUCUUCAGCCCACAAAGGUGGAACCAGAGAGUCAGAAGGGGACCUCGCUGUGGACUCUGAUGAAGGAUCCAUACAUUCUAAUUGCAGCUGGUGCCAUUUGUUUUGGAAAUAUGGCCAUUGCCAUGAUGGAGCCAACGCUGCCAAUCUGGAUGAUGGAGACCAUGUGUGCCAGGAAAUGGCAGCUAGGCGUCGCUUUCUUACCAGCGUCUAUCUCCUACCUUAUUGGAACCAACAUCUUUGCCACACUGGCACACAAGAUGGGCAGAUGGCUUUGCGCUCUUAUUGGAAUGAUGGUGGUUGGAAUCAGUGUAAUAUGUGUUCCAUUUGCUGGAGACAUCUAUGGUCUGAUUCUUCCAAACUUUGGUGUUGGCUUUGCUAUUGGCAUGGUGGACUCUUCUAUGAUGCCUAUAAUGGGUUACCUGGUGGACCUGCGGCAUGUGUCUGUUUAUGGAAGUGUGUAUGCCAUUGCUGAUGUGGCUUUCUGCAUGGGAUUUGCUUUAGGUCCAUCUAUUGGAGGAUCCAUAGCUGAGAGCAUUGGCUUCCCGUGGCUGAUGACCAUCAUCGGAGUAGUGGAUAUUUUAUUUGCUCCACUUUGUCUUUUCCUAAGGAAUCCACCUGGACAGGAAGAGAAAAUUGCAAUUUUGAUGGAUACCAACUGCUCAAUGAAGACGAGGUCCUACUCCACACAAGGGACGUAUUAUCAGGGUGAAAGCAUGGAUCCAGAGUACGAUGAAUAUGACUAACUGGACACCAGCAAUAAAGGUUAAGCUUUCAGAGAAUCUAUUUUGUUGUACAAAAAAUAAGGAACACAGAAGAAAAGAAACGGCAAGAAACAAAAUGGCCGAGAUGUUUCCCUGUGAAUGUCCUGCGUUGAGUCUUCACCGUACAGUGUCUCUUAGCAGUUGUCCUGGAGCAAAGCAAAAUUGUUCUUGAUUUGUUGUUGCAAAUGCAUUGUGUGAGAUAUUUUUAGCCAACAGCCUUAUUCAAUAGAGAGAAAAGCACUUUUUGGGCAGUAGAAUGGCGCUGAGCAGCAAGUUCUCUGUGCUGGUUUAUUUCAAAUACAGAUCUGUAAUCAUUCAUAUGUCAGUCAUUAAAAAGCUCCGUUUUAUCUACUCUAUGCCCAUGAUAAUGUCAAGAAUAUUAUCAGAAUGUGGUGUGCAGGGUGGUAGUAUAUUGGGUAACUGUGUGGUAUGUCUAAUUGUUGGUUGUGUAAAAUUGUUGUGUAAAGUUUCUUGCUUUGACACUGUUCCAAAAGAACACAGGAGUCUUAAACCCAGAUGUUCUGGUUCAGCUCUGUUGGGAACAGUUUGAUCACUUGGUCAUUUUUGGCAAUUUGUAAUUUCCUAACCUUGAAAGUGGCUUUGAACAGCCUCGGGGGGGAUGUGUGGUCUGUAAAGUAAACGGUGCACGUACAGCAUGAAGAGAGGCACAAUCAGGUGGGAGGAUUGUUCAAAUGAGGCGAGCUGCUCAUAUUUUGGUGGAAGAUGUGUAUAAAGGUGUAGUCAGAUCAAUAGUUGCCUGCAUUAGUUUUAGCUUGGUGUACUGUACCUAAUAAACUGACAGCUGAGCUUAUUGUGUCAUAUCAGGGUUAAUCAAGCUAAGAGACAUAUGUAAAAAUGUGGCACUCAGCCUCCAGUCUGCCUUGGAGGCAGAUGUUUAGACCCACUUUCCACUGAAUUGAAAGGGAAUAUCUGUGUUUAGCUUUUCUAUUUAUCUGCAGGUUCUCCAAAUUCAAAAACGAUGGUCUCUGGCACCUCAGAGACACAGUAACCUUCUAUAAACCUAUUAAUCUGGAUGCAAUUCAAAAGGAGAAACUGCUCUGGGAAGAGAUAUAACUCAAACUGGGAUCCGACAAACUGGACUCGGACUUCUAUUUUAUGUCUUCUGAACAUCUCUGGCAAAAUGUACUUAAGAGGGGUGUAGUCAAAACUAGGAGAGGACAGGAAGUAGCAGCCCUUGUCAAAAUCACCCACAGGAGCUGGCACAGUUAGUUGACUAAUAGCAAAUUUUGUGUGUCAAAGUUCAGUCAGAUUGAUCUUUGGGUGAACUGAAGGAGGCAGGUCAAUUCACAGACAGGAAUGGUAAAUUUUGGUGUGACUGCACUUCAUGAGUGUAUUUAUUAAUCCCCACACCCUUCGAUUUAUCUUCCACCUCAGCCAGCCCUUUGGAACUUUGCGCUGCCGCAUCUACAUGAACCAAAACAAUAAGUGCUUUGGGCAUGGAGCCAAGACCUGCAGCUUGGCUUGUUAUAAGGGCUGUUUAGGAAAGAUAUGAGCGAUUUAUUCCAAAAAAUAAAAUUAAUUCAUUGUAUCCUCCUACUAACAACAAUUCUGGCAACAUCAGAGGGAAAGAUCAUUUACAGAUGCUUUUUGUAACGUGCACUAGCAUAUUCAUUAUAUCAUGAGAAUGCAGUGCUGUCAGUAGAGUAGAGUAGAGUAG